AUGAGCAGCCACCUGUUCGCUUAUUAUUACCAGGACAAGUUUACGCUUUUUCGUGAUUUAGUACUGGCAGAAGAACUCCAUCGUAAAGGGAAAAAUACCACGAAGAAGACGAUUCUUACAAAGAGUGAGAUUAAUGCGAAAGAUCGUUUUGGACGAACAAUUCUUCACAUUGCCGUCUCUGAAUGCAAAAAUAACUAUGUUCAAGCUUUAUUAAAAAACGAGAAUGUCGAUCUUCUGGCACAAGACGAGGAAUCAGGGUAUACAGCGUUACAUAGAGCUUUCCUUGUCGGUAAUAUACCUGCUGCUAUCUUAAUUUUAGAACGUGGAAAAGAAGCUUGUCUUCGUAUUAAGGAUAAAGAAGGGUUGUCUCCUUUCGAUUUAUUAGAUUACACCUUGCCAGUCAUUCGGCCUUCACAGGGGGAAUUGGCAAAUGAAGUUUACAGUUUUGGUUCGAAUUCCAAUUGUCUUUUAGGAUUCCCGGACUCUGAUGAUCGCUCACAUCCAGAAAAAAUCCAUCUUUGUAAGGAUUUCAAAGUGUAUACUGAUUCGGCAGAACGGUUUGCGAAUGUUCAUGUUCUUGAUGUUCAGCUUUCUCGCUUUCACACAGUUAUUCUGACCGAUGAGGAGAAGAACAAUGUCUACAUCUGUGGAAUUGGCACUGGUGGGCGAUUAGGUUUUGCUACGGAUGUACAGUUCACGCCAAUGCAAGUAUUUGUUCAUGAUCGAAAGAUUGUAAAGGUUUGUGUCACAAACUAUCAUACCAUUGUUUUGACGGAUUCGGGUGCCCUGUAUUCAUGGGGAAAUUCAAUAAAUGGUGUCUUGGGCUAUAGUAUGUCUUCGUCUCAACGUGAUGAGGCCGUUCAACUAAGUCCUCGGCGUAUUAUUGCCUUGAAGGAGAUGAAUGUCAUUGGUAUAUGUGCUUGUGAUACACAUUGUAUAGCCUAUACCAAUACGGAUGUUUAUACUUGGGGAUUAAAUAAUGGACAGCUUGGACACGUCAAAACGCAAGAGGUGAUUACUUCGCCAAAACGAGUUGCUGGACUUUCAUCAUUGGUAGUCAAUUGUGCCUGUAAUGAAUACUGCACUAUCUGUCUUCUUGACAACAAUUCAAUAUGGGUAAUGACACGGUUCACACAAUUUCGUCUACAGGUUAUUGUAGAUACUCCAAGCUCAUCUUUGACAAUAACAGCUCACCCGCAAUCCUCAAAAAAGAAUAUCUAUAAAAAAAUGGUGGUUAACGACACCUUUUUAUGCAUUUUGACCGAACUUGGUGAAGUGAUUAUGGCGGAUAUUCGUCCAUUCAAAGAUCAAGAACCUUUGACGAAGGGAAAGAUUAAGUUCAAAUUGGCUUGGACAUUUCAGAGGGCUCAAAAAGCUGCUAUGGAUAUUGCGCUCGGCAGUAACGACACCUUAUUAUUGUGCACUUUAGAUGGAAGUGCGUGGAAGCGAAUAAAACGUUCGAAGCCAAGAGACGACGUUCAGAGAUUGCAUAAAAGACAAUUCAAAUAUGAACGAGUUGGCGAUAUUCAACGAAUUACUGCAGUUCGUUCUAAUUCACACAAUUCUUUCUUCGUCCUCCGAAGCGACUAUCGUGUCGAUCCCAUACCCCAGGAUGUUCCGUCUGUUGAUUCCGUGCUGUUUAACUAUUUUCCUGAACAGUUACGUAUGAUAGCUGGCAGAGAAGGAACAACGAAUGACAGCAAUGAUACCCUUUCUAAAGAGCAGCUCUGUCUCUUAUUAUCAAAAAUAGAACUUCCCCAUACAGAUACGGUGGUAAAAACAGACACCUUUUCUAUGCAUUGUCAUAGAGCAAUUCUUGCGACAAGGUCAAGCCCACUAGCGGAUCUUUUAUCAAACUCUCAAGAAUUGAUGGAUGGAAUUGUAUUAAACCAUCACUCAAAUGGACAAUGGGAAUUGACUUUAACUGGUUUCUCUGACGUGGCUAUCGCCAUCAUUCUAGUCUACCUGUAUACGGACGUGCUACUUGUUUCAUUUUUGUCUGAUAAAGAAAACACGGAAACCAAAAAUGCUGUUCUUUCUUUAGCGCGCGCGCUAAAAUUAAGCAAAUUAGAAGAUGUUUUACAAUAUACGUUUGUCCGACAACCCCCCUCUUCGUUUUUACAGAAUUUGAUGGAGUUUAAAAGAAAUACUCCGCUUUUUGAAAGUACUGCAGAUAUUGUCGUGAGUGCUUCUGACAAAAACCUUUACUGCCAUAAAGUUUUUCUUAAUGGCAUGAGUGGAUUUUUUGCUUCGGUUAUGCAAUUCAAAAAGUUGCAAGAUAAUAGUCCAUCAGGAAUCCAAAAGGUUUCUGUCAUGGAUACACAAUCGGAACUUAUGCGCCGAACUAUUAAUUCUGUUUAUGAUCCACAUGGAUCGUAUCUUUCCUCCUGGGAGGGAGUCGAAACAAUUGACGAAUGGUUACAUCUCAUAUACAAGCUUUUUUUAGUGGCCGACGAAUUCUUGUUUUUCCGUUUAAGAAAAGAGAUAGCGAUUUUUCUUUUGCGUUUCCUCAAUCUUAAAACCUUACCAGAACUUAUGGUUUUUGCUAAGGACUUUCACAUCGACGCACUUUAUGCACGUUGUGUUGAUUAUGCCUGUUAUAACAUACAGUAUUACUUGGAGGGUAAUAAACUUUGCCAGUUGGAAAAUCAACACAUUUCGGCUAUAACAAAAAAGAUUAAAGAAUUGCAACUAUCCUCUUCACCUAAUUUACGCUCUAAUGCUGUCUUGAAUCGCAUGACCAUAAAGUAUCCCAUUCUUGGAGACACUCAAAAAUUCAGUAAGAGGAUUUUGAUUGAGUUCUUUCUUUCCGAUGAAGAGGGAGUAUUUUGGCCUUCUAUUAAGCGUGUUCAAGGAACAAUGAAAGUGCCAAUGGAUACAAUGCAUGAUGAAAUGCAUAAAAGCCCUCGUAGGAAAUCUCUUGCUGAACCUUCAGUGGAAACUACUUCUGUUAGAGUGGUGUCUGAUCAAUCCGCAAGUUCCCCAAGGCAACCUGCGAAUAUGAAAGCCUCAACUUUUUUUGGACCCGGUUCUUCUUCACUUCCGACAGUAGCUGAAGCUCCUUCAACACCAGACAUUACUAAAACAACUAAGAAGCUAGCAGAGUUAUCUUUUGGAUCUCCUCAAGAUGUGGAUGUUUCUUCGGCUAGGCAAGAAAGAAAGCGUUGGUCUUCAGAAACAACAGUACAGACUCCUAAAGUCAGUCUUUCAUCGUUGAUGACUUCAGCUAAGCAGAGUGACUCCGUGAAAUCUCCACCUGCCUUUACGCCUCUGAAACAACCUAUACUUAAAAAGUCGCAAAAGGAAAAGCAUAGGGACAAGCACAAGCAACAGCAAUCGGCGAACUCUUCAAUGCUACAACAACAGAAACUGUCUUCAACGCCCUCCUCAUCACCAGCUUCGACACAAAAGCCAAAGGCAUGGUCAACAACACCAAAGUCAUCGGUGAAAAAGGGUGAUUCAUUACGGGAUCUGUUGCGACGAGAGCAAGCUCUUAGUUCCUCGUUUAGCAGCGUCUCUCCAUCUCGUUCAACCCCUUCUAAGGUUUUUAGUCCGUCGCCUGUGUGGCGUAAAAAUUCUGUUUCUCCAUUGGCUUCACCUUCUUCUUCAAUUCCUUUGAAAAGUCCUGGGAGGGCUACUUCAUUGACUGAAAUUAUGCUUGAGCAACAACUCGAGUUGGAAGAAGAGCGUACCAAAAAAAUGAACCGCAAGAGCAUAAAAGAGAUCCAACAGGAAGAAGAAUUUCAACAAUGGUGGGAACGUGAAAGUGCUCGUUACCAACAACAAAUGGCAUUGGAGCAACAAGCGGAAGAAACUGCAAUAAAAGCUUCAAUGAAACCAAAAAAAGGUAAGAAUUCUCGACGUCGUUCUUCAACAACGCAGAGACAACCACCGAGCUCAAUUACUCAAACGGCACCCAUUACUAUUCGUAAGAAAAAUGACCGUAAGUAA